AACUGGGCGAAGUAAAUACUGAGACUGUGCCGUGAGUCGAAGUAACUAUGACAAUGCAACCGAGAAUGGACGGUAUUGUAGCUCUGUGUCUGUGAAUUGAACUGCGCUUAUAUUUUGACUGUGUUUUCGUACACUCAAGUACUGUGAACUUACGUAUUUAUUCGCGUUUCGGUUAACUACCGGGCGCCUAUAAUCAGUAACAGUCGUUCUGAACUUAUGCGAACUGUCUAUUGUGUGUGAGUACAUUCCCGCACAGGACGGUCUUUCGCGAUCGCGGCACUCAUAAUAUAAAUUGACUCUCUACAGAAUUUGGGGUCGGCAAGUUUUAUAAACUGUGUGGCAUAAGUAAACUUAAAUUGUGUGUUCUAGAAACAUUAAAACUGUGCACAUACGAACAUCUGUAACAACAAUUACAUCGACCAGCCUGUGGCCUGCAAAACGCCACUGUAAUCACAUUUGCAGCUUAAUGAAUACCACCGCCCGCCCGAUUACUAUGAAAUAUCAUCAGCUGCAAUUACACGACCGUGGGAGCAGAUCUCAAAGAGUUUGACCAGGACCAGCCAGCUGCCGUCGGUAUCGCGACCAUCGUCACAACACACAAGAUAAGAUUUAAAAGCAGCGCUCUCCUCUCAAAGACUCAAAAUUAUUGCAAACAAUUUUAAUUUGUAAUUUCGUUUUCUUUUGGCUGACGUUCACAUAAUGUUUUAAAAAUGUUCUCCACGAAGUGGAUUCAGCACCUUCGCGAGGACAUGAAAUUCACUGACCAUGGUUAUUUUGGUUUGGCACAGAGGGGCAAAAUUAAGUCUUAUCAUGUUAAGUCAGGUUAGUCCAAAAACCAGAGAAAGUGAAGUGGCUCCAUCUAAAUGGCCAAAAAACUGGGAGAGAAUUGGAAAUGUCAAAACUUGGUCUUCAGCCAAAUGCAAAAACAGAAGAAAUGGAGGAAGAGUUUUUGUAUCAGAUAUAACCCAUAAAAAAUGGAGGCAAAAUCCAUGUGAAAAUCAUGCUUUGUUCAAGAAAUGUUUCGAAAAAAUUGAAGAUAAAGAAUCCACUUCUGAUGCAUUUUGGGAUUUGGCUGAUUUUAAUGGUCAAAAUGCAAACCUUGUGGGGCAAAUGGAAUUGACUGGAGUAAAGAGAAGGUAUCCAGAAAAGAGAAAGCAUGACUUUUUAUCAGCUUGUCACAACAGCAGCAUCUUACGUCGACAUGGCACUGAAUAUAAGUUGGCGCCAUCUUGGUGAGUACUUCAGAGGAUGCAGAUAGAGACCAGCCCCAGCAGUGCGUCCAGUUGGCAGCCGCUCUCCCCACCGCUACGCGCGAAGCACACAGCGGCGGCUGGUGCUGCGGGGUGCGGAGCGCCGCCACUGCCGUGACGUCACACUGCGGCUUUGCACUGCCGAGCUGUCCGUGGAGUGGUGGCUGAGCAGCAGUGUGCGGCCCACCACAGUCUGGUCGUUUUACGACCUUUAUAAUUUAUAAACUUUUGCAGUUUUCUGUGUUUUCCUGUUCGGCCCCGGACCUCGAGUGUCUCUGACGGCUGAUAGCGUCGCCCUGCCAAAUCUCCAGUCCAGCCCCACUAUAAUUCCUCAGUUUAUUGUGUUUCUCUGGGCUGAAUGCCUUGUUGUUGGAUCGACCAACGAGGUCCCCAAAAUUCACUGUUAUUCGACUGAGGACCACAGUGUAAAAGACACUGGGAGACUUUGAACUCGGUGGAAGUCACAGCGACUGGCUUCUCCAGUUGGGCCUGUGCAUUCCACUCGUUCAGCGUUGCAGAGUCCCGUGCUUUCUGCACUCGUGGGGUCUUCAGGAGGCAGUGUAGUGCUAUGCAAUGAACAAAGAACUUCAUUAUGAUGAUGCCGCCUGUCAUGCAACAGGGAAGAAACAUAUUGAAGAAAAAUAUUUUGAAGGAAAAAAAAGGAUUUUAUAUUUUGAGGCAGUCUCUGCCUUCGUGUAUAAACAGGGACUUAAAUUAAUAACACGUCAACUGUCAACAAUGUUACAAAAACCUUUAAAAACCAAGCAUUAUGUAUCCCAUAAUUAAUUAAACAUAGGAACAAUAACAUUUCGUUGUAUAUAAA